GGGGGGGCAGGGGGGGAGCCCCUUCAUUUCUAAAAUGAAGAGAGUAAUUGCUGGUACCAAAAUUCAUGUUUCCUUUUGGGUGAAAUUCUCCAGCCAAGCUUGGCGUUAACAAGUCGGCAAUUUCACUUCAUCAUUACUUCACAAAAGACUUCCAAAAUCACUGCGGCAGACAGGCAAAAUAAAAAUGUUAAAUACAUCCUGGCUGGGAGGGGACUGAAGCCUCCACACUCAAUCAAAGGUUUACAAUAAUAGGAUUCAUAAAAAAAAAAAAAAAAAAAAAAAAAAAGACAGAUGGGAUUAGAAAAUGUUGCAGUGAAGACUCUGGAAUGAGAUGAGAUCACAGCACCAGCCUGUCUUUUGUGGACCGGCACAAUGAUCCCCGAGCCAGACUGGAUUAGGAAACCUCGCGACUAGGGGUUCAGAGAGAGGCUUCCGGUUCCCGGCACUUUGGGGGAGAGAAGGCUGAAACGAUGCAUCAGAUUUACAGCUGCAGUGAUGAAAAUAUAGAAGUUUUCACCACCGUGAUCCCUUCCAAGGUGUCCAGUCCAGCCAGAAGAAGAGUCAAAAGUUCUCAACACCUCUUGACCAAGAAUGUGGUGAUCGAGUCAGACCUCUACACUCCGAGGCCCCUGGAGCUGCUGCCACAUCGCAGCGACCGCCGCGACGGCGAGGGCCGCAGGUCGGGCAGGCUCCACGGUGCUCGGCAGCAGGGACCCCACCUUGCCAAGGCCCCAGCCAGACCCGUGGGGAUUUCAGAACCCAAAUCAUCAAAUCUGUGUGGGAAUCGAGCAUAUGGAAAAUCUUUGAUUCCUCCGGUGGCCCGGAUCUCCGUGAAAGCCCCGGCCACGCUAGAGGCAACAGCCACGGGCUCAGAGAACAGAGCUGUUCUGACAAGAGGAUCCAGACAUCUCAAGAAGAUGACAGAAGAGUAUCCAACCCUUCCCCAGGGGGCAGAAGCCUCCUUACCGCUGACAGGAAGUGCUUCCUGCGGUGUCCCUAGCAUCCUUCGGAAAAUGUGGACAAGGCACAAGAAGAAGUCUGAAUAUGUGGGAGCUACUAACAGCGCCUUUGAGGCUGACUAAAGGUGACCCUCCCUAGGUGCCCUACAUUGGCCAAAGUUCACCGUACAAGGGAAGAAAACUUCCAGAUGGGAACUGAGCCACAUUCACCUCUGCUAGUAGCUGGUCCAAACACAUCACCGCCCCUUACUAACCGAUAGCCCCGGCUUAGGAUACAGGCAAGGAACUUCCCUCGAAGGCAAAAGAAAAGUGUGCCUUCUUAGAAUCGAUAAAGCCAUUGGUCUGAAAGUGGCUUUGGGAGGUCAUGGAGUUUAUAUACCUAUCUUUAAGCAAACCACACCACAAUCAAACUUUCUCAACCCAUUUUAAAGACCUCCAAGGAAGGAAGCAGGCAAUUCUUCAGUCUUCCUUGUGAGUUGUUGUAAUGUGUGUGAUUUCUGGUAUAAAUAUAAGAGCUUGAUGUUUGAGGCACUUGUGAACACAGUGGUUCUUACUAUUCCUCUUAUCACAUUUAUUUCAUCUUGACAAAGUACAAUUUUUAAUGACAAAGCACUAUAUAUUUACUUCUACUUCUAAUAUCCAUUUGACAGUAUUGUCAAGAUUGAUAUUGAUCAUUUGGCAUGAUUGCAUGAAUUCUCUAUUCUUUUACAUGCAGUUUUUCUAUAGAAAAACAUGAUUAAAAAUUAAAUGUUGAAUGCUAAUGUUUUCUGAAGUGGCAUAGUCGAGUGAAAUUAAUAAUACCUUGCAUUGGUAUAAUGAUUUUGACUUUUAAAGUGCUUUCCCAUCCAAUAUCUCUUAUCUUCACAAAACCCCUGUUAAAGAAAGCACAAUUAAUCCCAAUCUACAGAUGGGGAAGCCAAGGCCUUAUGAAGUUAUGUGACUGGAUAUAGUUAGUGGUAUUAGAUACUAGGUCCUUAAGUCCACCAGACUCCUUGCUUUGCUUACUCUAGUAACUGAGUAAGGUUUUGAGGGACAGAAGUAUGUCUCUGGGGGCAGUGUUUGAAAGGAAAAUUUUGAUCAAGUUGGAAAAAGUGACUUAAAUGAAACACAUUAUGUAGUAGGUUGAACUAGAAGAAAUUGCCGUUUCUAUAGGUCAAAAACAAUUGAUCAUUUAUUUCAUAUGGUUCAACCUAAUAUGUAAUAUUGUGCUUUCCCUCUCUUAAUGGAAAUGUUGUCAUCCCAUCUUUAAUAUCAAUAGACUUACAAUGAUAAUGUGAUAAUGACAGCUCUCAUUUGUUAAAUGCCUACCAUGCACGAGACGUGACACUGAGCACUUUACAUACAUCCUCCCUAUCUUUCUAACAACUCUAAGUUAGAUGGCCUUAUCUAUCUACUGGAUGACAGUUUAAAGCAGUUACAUGAUUAGUCUGAAGGUGCCUGACCCAUAUGGGUGUCAGGCAUCAGUGCCUGUGCUUGUAUCCCUUUACACAGAAUAGUUCAGAACAGAGAGAAGGAUCAUGGUUAGCAAACAAUUUUCGUCUCAAAUGCUAAACACAGCUGAUGGGCAGAGGCUGCCUAGAGUGCUGUGUGGGGAGGAGUCUGAGAUGAAGGAGUGUGGUGGUCCAUUAGAAAUGCCUGCCUGUGGAGGGCAUUAGUUGCACAUGUCCUGAAUAUCUGUCAUCUGUAGCGUCAACUCUACCCCCAAAAGGCUUGUUUUCUAAUUCAGAAGCUUCAAUUAAUCCAACCCAUUUAACAAAAUCAGACACUCCAUGAUGAAAUUUAAGUCCAAGACUGGGCUGGAAACUGUCAGGUCUUGGUACAAUGAAGAAUUUGGCUGCGUUACCGGUCUCAGACUCAAUGGUUAUUCAUAGGCUACUGCUCUGUGGCCACAUGUUGCCUUUUGCUGAGUUACCUGUUUCCAUGUCUCCAGGUCAACUGUAAGGAGGCAUGGAGGAAUAAAAGCCCUGGGCUUCUGGGCUUUCACCUUGCUGAUCCCUGCCCUUCAGCCAUUGUUUUAGACUCUCAGCACCCAAUCCUCACGUUGGAACAUGACUUGAAUAUUUGGGCAUUGAGUUCUCUUUCAGUGAGGGCCUAGUCUCAAUGGACUAAUAGUCCAUCACAGUAUAGAUAAUGGGGGGGGGGGAGGGGUGGUGAUUUAUGCUGGACCUAUCAGAGUAUCUAUUCUACUAUUUAUUUUAACUUAUUUAAUUUAUAGCUGAUGUUCUCUAUUUGUAUGUGGCACCUGGAGAUUUCUGUAGGAUCUAACUUAUAAGGAACUAACUUAUUUUUAAUUUAAAUAUUUCAUGAUUAAGUGUUUGCCUGGCAUAAAACAUCCUAACUGACCAGUUCAAAUAAAAAUAAAGUAUGCUU